GAGUCUUCUUCAACGUUACCGACUAUUCGUGACAAACUCGUGUUAUUCCGUUACCGACCAUUCAUUACCACUCGCCCCUUUCGGUAACCUGCAAGAAGACGGCUAGUCCCGGAAUAACACGAGUUGGUCACGAAUGUUCUUGUAGUUUACGGAAAGAUGAAGUGGUGACGCAUAUGGGGAUUCCCCACGAUUCGAUUUCGGUAGACAUUUUCUCCUGGCUGUGUACUACAGAGGCAACAUGCCUUAAUUUGGUGGUCAACAGGUUAACUGCACGGGAGUAUGAUCAGACACACAGAAUAUGGUGUAAAAAGGAUGGUUAUUUAUGACUCAUACAGUGUAAAACACAAUCGCAUAUAAGCCUACUAUAGCAACAGACAAACUAUGAUGUUAAGGCUAAUCAUUUUAUGUUGUCUGCCCCAUAUCUUGAUUAUGUCGGCCCUUAAACUGGACCUGCCUUAUUGUCCUGCUACUGACAGUUAUAAGUGGAAAGAAUACGACAGGGAGUGCCAGCAGGAAUCCCAAACAAGGAGGUUCCACUGCCAGUACGAUGCCAGUAACAACACGAUAUUCUGGGCAUGUGCUGUCCCCUCGGAAUGUGGACCAGGUACCCAUGCCCACAUAGACACACAGAUGGAGACUGUGUCCUGUGCCUCAUGUUCAGAUGACUUCUAUCAGCAACACGGCAAGAUGUCCUUUGAGUACUCUCAGCCCAACUGUGACUACAAGAAACAAACAUGUGGUGAAGGGAAGUUUGUGUGUGAGCACUCAUCUACCCAGCAGGACUACAAGUGUUCAUGUGACCAUCAGAAGGGCUAUGUGCCAAACAAGUCUACUGAUUGCGAUUGUUUCACGUUUGACAGCAUCUGUGACUGCGGAUAUGAGCCCUGUGCAGAUGGACAACAUCUUGCUGCCAAUUACAGUUGUGUGGCUGUUGGUGCUACAAGCACUACAAGGAAACCCACCACAGAAUCUACAUCAGCAGCUCCUGGUGCCCACGAUUCCUCGCUGAUACUUAAAAUUGUGCUGCCAAUCGUCAUUACAGUUGCUGUGAUUGCCAUUAUCUGUUGCAUGUGGAAGAGAAGGGCACUACAAUCAGUGGGUAAAAGUUAUAUCAGAGGAAAGGACAUAUCAUCGGCCCAAAGUCCUCAGUGUGAUUUUACAGCGGUUCGUACAGCAGACAGUUCUGAUGGGAUGUCCCAACCAGAAACACGUGAACCUCCAACUGCACAUCUAGCUGAAAACGAUCAUGCUGAUGAAGGUCAGACUGAGAGAGGUCGUUCAGUUGAAGGUCAACCUGAGAGAGGCCAAUCAGAUGACAGUCAACCAAUUAUUCCUGAGCAAGAGUCCUCAUCAGACAGAAGUAGACAAGAACUAGCAAUAGGUACAUCUACAGGAGAGUCAGUGUUGAAAGCUGCUGAAAUGACAGUUUCACAGAACCUGAUGAAGGAAAAAUUGAAAGAAUUAUCUGAUGCUAAGUCUCAACCUAGAGAUGGUUUGCAUAUUGAUGCUCGGAAUGUUAUCUUAGGAGCACAGGGCACUAUUGUGGACCAACAUGCAAACCCUCAUGUCAUCCCAACAGGAAACAAUCCUCCCAGAGAUGAUGCCAGCAGUCUUCAGAUGGAUAUGCCACCUUCAUACAGUUCCCAGACAUAUCCUAAACAGGUGGAUUUUGCAUUGUCUGAUUUAGACAUUGAGAAUUGCACAAGUGAGGAUGAAACUCAAAUGAAACAACCAUUGAUUACAGCGAGACAUCCGAAACCAGGAAACAGUUUACAAAAUGGAAAACAAUCAAUAAUCACAGAACAAGUUUAAUCUCCCAUACUGUCUGCUUCUUUCAAUUCCAACCAUAUAUUGGCUUGGUGUAUAAAAUGAAUGACUAAACUCUGUGUAUGAGCUGAGGUACGCAAUGCCAGGCCAGAUGGCGUCCAGACACAUGGAUACUAUACAUGGAUAAUGGAUCAAUAUCCUGCUCUACAAGUCAACAGCAAUGACAGUGCUUUGUGUAUUGUGUUUGCCUCCAUUCUGCAAAUGAUCAAAUGAAUAUACGAUUACAUGAUGUUUAUGACACGAUGUGCAGGGUCUUGGCUGAAAAUCAGUGAUGACACCAGGUGUUCAUGAAAAGGGUAUGCAUGUCCUGCCCUACCGGUAGCACCCGCCAUUCACACAAUUUGCAUAAAAAAGUAAGUAUGUAUUGCCUGACAUGCUCACCAGUACUCUUGCGAUGCCUCGGCGGCCUGUCAACAAACCAGGCAAUCAAGUGAUCAAUGAACCAGAAAAUGUCAGUUUUGAAUUAUGUGAGCAUGACAUUAAUGCAAAAAAUGUGAGUAUCUCUUGCUCACAUUUAUAAAGUGACACAUUUUUAUCAGGACAUAUUGGAGUAUAUUGUCAUGUCUGGUUUACCGCACAUAGGCAGAAUGACAUGUAUGACAAAGCUCACAAUAACCAAUGUAAAGGGGUGCUAGAUUUCAACAGUGCUUCUCACCAUCUCACAACAAGUGUGGUCAGUUUGUUCAAGAGUUGUUGUUUGGGAAGGGCGUCAGUGGCUUAGUUGGACUCAGUUACUGACAGCAACAUGAAAACUGGAUUCAUGAAGUGUUCAAGGGGUAUCUUUGAUUCAAAUAUCACCCAAAGUGAAAUUCCCUUGUAACUUUAACAAGACAAUAUCCCUAGUCCAAUGACACAAUUCACCCAUAUGUAGCUACUCAGCUUGAUACUGCAGUGUUCUUCAGUUUCUCCACAUCUAAAAACAAUUGAAACUAUGUGGCAAGUGAUGAAAGACUUGUGGCAAGUGAUGAAAACUGGAACCUAAGUAUCUCAGUGAAUGGUCUCCAUCAUGGAAUGUUAUCCAUCACCCUUGUAACGAUCAACCCAAGGCUUGCAUACACAAUUUGAUAGAUAGUGUGGAGUAUAUCCAACAGUGUCUGGUCAGAAACAGAAUGUAACUGACUAUUGACUUGAAUAUUUUAUAAAACAAUAGUCUUAUACAGGUUUGUGCAAAUUCUGGGUAUAUAGUUUGAAUUAUUGAUUAAAUUACUGAAGCUUGAAAUUGUGGCCUGUAUUGUGCUUGUUACUAUUGUUGUGGUAUCUGGUUGUGUAACAAUGUAAUGUCUGAAACUUGAACUGUGCAUGUAUACCUGCCAAUUUCAUUGUCAAUAUGAUAGGCUGAAAUAGCUGCAGGUUAUGUUUCAUGGUCUUCAUGUGAUACGUUUUACUUCAAUGUGUGAGAGUAUGUGUGUUUGAGAGCAUGUGAAAGCAUGUGUGUGUGCCACAGUUUCUUAUGACAGUAGAUUAUCACAAAUAGCAUACACUUGCAUUUUUUGCUGUACUUUUCCUGCACUCAGUACUUUCUUAUUCAGCAGUAUUCCAUUAAACAUUUAGAUUGAGGCUUCAUAUAGUCAUAGAGAACAGGAAUCAGUUUUAACACACUGUGACAUUGUCCAUUUUUCUAUCCACCAUCCUCCAGUCAGUCGGCAUUGUGCUCUUCUUCUCCAAUACUAUGGGCUACAGUCAAAUCUUGUUAAUACUGAAUGACGAGUAAAAAGUAGAUGGGUUUUUUUGGUCCCUACUGUGUUAUUUGUUGUUGUUUAAAACCUGGUUAUGUAAGUAAACAAGGACUUUUUCGUCUGGAUCCCUGGAGUCAUUAUAUAGGCAAAUUGAAAUAUAAAUUCAAAAGGAAAUUGUCCUUCAAACACUCCGGUGGUGUGUAUCAGCUCACAGUAACUUUUCCAAACAUCCAUGAGUUCCUUCCCUUGGUUGCUUGGUACUGCCCGUCUUACUCAGCAUUACUUAUGGGAGAUACAACUCAACAUUGAGAUGGUUAAUAUAUUUUAACAUUGAAUGUUUCUUUUGUUUGCUAUACUUUUUAAGACAUUUCACGUCAUGGCUGAUAAUAGAACAUGUUGGAUAAGUGGCCAUCUGGAUAAGUAGAUGGUUUUAUGACAGUCUCUUGAGAGUAGAGCAGAAGGUCAGUUGUUCUGUCCUCUGGCCAUGUCAAAUCAAAAGGCAUUAAGAGGUGAGGUGAAAUAGAGUUUAAUGUCACGUUCAAGGUUGUUACACUUAUAUAGCAAUCUGCAUGCAUGUGUGUGUUAGUGGCUGCUUGUACUACUCCGACUAAUGCCAAUUUUAUAGUGCCAGCCCACGGAGAUACCUGUUUAACAUGGAUACCUCACUGAAACACACUACACUAACUCCAAGCUGAACAUCUGAUCAGUCUGGACUAGUACAAGUAGGAACACACACACAUGCAUGCACGUCGCUAUGUAAGUGCUAUAAUCGUCAACACAACAUUAAACCUCACAUCACCUGCAGGUCAAUAUCAUUUUAGAAAACUGUGUCACUUGCUCAACUCUAAGGUUUGAGUUUACAUUAUACACCAAACUCUGCUGUAAACUUUUGAUCAGUUUAGAUUUCAAGUUUACUCUUUGAAUUUCUUAACAUGUGUCUCAUAUCAUUAUCUGUGUUUUAAUUAUGUUUACCCGGUGUCUGAAGUAUUAAAGUCAGCUAAAUAAUGUC